AUGGCGACCAACAUUGUCUACGAUGCGCAAACCACCCUGGCGGGCACUCAUGCCGAUGCCCAUCUCGCCCUCGAAGGCAAGCACUCUAUGGUUGUCGCUGAUGCCGACCGCGUGAAUAUUGGAGCUCACGUCAACGAGCCCACCGAAGAAGAGAGACACACUCUUCGUCGCGUACCAGGAUCUAUCCCAUGGAUCGCCUACGCUCUCUGCCUGGUUGAGUUUGCUGAGCGUGCUUCCUACUACGGUGUUCAGCCUUUGAUUGGAAAUUUCGUCAACCGGCCCCUUCCCAAAGGAGGUAAUGGUUGGGGUGCUCCAUCAAAGGGUGGCCAGGGUGGCCAAGCCACCGCUGGUGCUUUGGGAAUGGGAACUGUGAAGGCCUCUGCCGUUUCGCAAUCUUUCAAUAUGUUGGUCUAUGCCAUGCCUGUCUUCUUCGGUUGGCUCGCAGAUCAGAAGACUGGCCGUUUCAAGAUGGUUUUCGUCGGUGUUUUCGUGUGCGGCAUCUCUCACGUUAUCAUGGUUGUCUCCGGUGCGAAGAAUUUACUGGCAAACGGAAAUGCCAAGAUCCCAUACUUCAUCAGUCUCUACAUUCUAGCGAUUGGUGCUGCCAUGUUCAAACCUUGCAUCUCACCUAUGCUUCUGGAUCAGAUGAAGGAGACCAAGCUCACCAUCAAGACUCUUGUCACUGGCGAGAAGGUCAUCAUCGACCCCGAAGCGACAACAGAGAGAGUCAUGCUGUGGUUCUACAUGAUGGUCAACAUUGGUGGUUUCGUCAACGUUGGAACUUCUUACUCUGCGAAAGACGUCGGAUGGUGGCUGGCAUUCGGCAUCCCACUCAUCCUUUAUCUCCCACUCCCAGCUAUGCUCUGGUACCUCAAGAACAAGCUUAGAAUCCUCCCACCAGGAGGAAGCGAUUUACCACAUGUUUUCAGAAUCGUCGGCAUCUGCUUCAAACGUGGAGGUCUUAAGAAAAUAUUCUCCAAGAAGGGAGGAUUCUUCGAGUCUGCCAAGCCCUCUGUCAUCGCCGCCUCUGGCCACCCAAUGGAUGUCCCAUGGAACGAUGUCUUUGUUGACGACGUCAAACGUGCAUUUCAAGCAACUGGAAUGUUCAUGUUCUUCCCAAUCCAGAAUAUCAAUGAUAACGGUCUUGGUGGAUCGCAAUCAGCGUUGACAACUAUGUUGAAGACGAACGGGGUUCCCAACGAUGUCAUCUCCAACAUCAACCCUUUGGCCAUCAUCAUCACUGCACCAAUUCUCAAUUAUGGACUCUACCCUCUUCUCAGAAAGUAUAACAUUCGCUUUGGCUCCAUCAAACGGAUCACUCUUGGACUCUUCAUGGCAGCAGUCGCCAGUAUUGGAUAUACCGUUCUCAACUACUAUGCCUAUAAGAUUGGUCCUUGCGGAAAGCAAGGAACAAGCGAUUGUGUUGAUGCGGACGGCUUUUCUGCUGUUGCCGACAUCACCAUCUGGUGGACUGCCCUGCCCGUUGGUAUUGGUGGAAUCUCUGAGCUCUUCGUCAACGUGCCUGCUUUCGGAAUUGCCUAUUCAAUGGCCCCGAAGAACAUGCGUGGUUUGGUCUCGGCCAUGAACCUCUUCUCCAGCGCCAUCGCCUAUGCUUUUGGUCUCGCUUUCUCUGGCCUCGUCAAGGAUCCAUACCUAACUUGGGUCUUCGCUGGACCAACCAUCGUCGGAUUCAUCGCUGCUCCUCUCUUCUGGUUCAUCUACAAGGAUCUCGAUAAGGAGGAGUAUACCCUCACCGAGAACAAGGAGUCUCAUGACACGAAGUUCCAACGUGAGGGUGUUGCUGCGCACCAGAUUGCUAGCAGUGGUGAGAGUGUUGAUGAGAAGCACGGCCAUAGGGACGAGGAGAGGCCAGCUCCAAAGGAGUUACAGGGUUGA